AUGGCUGCAUUUCAUAUUUUCCAAUUAUUAUUUAUAAAUUUACUAUUUUAUACAGCCGUAAUAGCAGCCGGGAGAGAUUUUUAUGCUAUUCUCGGUGUUUCAAAAAGUGCUAAUACCAAUGCCGUUAAAAAAGCGUAUAGGACGUUAGCAAAACAAUUACAUCCUGACAAAAACAAGGAUGAUCCUGAAGCAUCUCAAAAGUUUCAGGAUCUGGGUGCUGCCUAUGAAGUACUUUCAGAUCCUGAAAAACGAGAAAUGUAUGACAGAUGUGGUGAAGAGUGCUUAAAAAAAGAUGGUAUGAUGAACAAUAAUGAUCCUUUCGCAAGUUUUUUCGGAGAUUUCGGAUUUCACUUUGGUGGUGAAUCUCAACAAGAACGUGAAGCACCACGAGGUAAUAAUAUACUGAUGGAUCUUAGUGUAACACUGGAAGAAUUGUACAGUGGUAAUUUUGUUGAGAUUACAAGAAAUAAAUUAGUUAUAAAACCAGCAAAAGGAACCCGAAAAUGUAAUUGUAGGCAAGAAUUAGUGACACGUAACUUGGGAAGUGGUAGAUUCCAAAUGACACAACAAACAGUGUGUUCUGAAUGUCCAAAUGUUAAAUUAGUCAAUGAAGAAAGAUUACUGGAGGUAGAAGUUGAGCCUGGUAUGGUUGAUGGUCAAGAAAUUAAAUUCUUUGCCGAGGGUGAGCCACAUACUGACGGUGACGCUGGAGAUUUAAUCUUGAAAAUAAGAACGCAGCCUCAUAGAAUAUUUGAGAGAAUUGGCGAUGAUCUCUACACUAAUAUUACAAUAUCAUUGCAGGAUGCAUUGAUAGGAUUUAAAUUAGACUUAACUCAUUUAGAUGGACAUAAGGUAACGAUAUUACGAGAGAAAGUAACUAAACCUGGUGCUAAAAUCCGUAAAAAGGGUGAAGGAAUGCCUAAUUACGAGAAUAAUAAUCUUUAUGGUACACUGUACAUUACUGUUGACGUUGCAUUCCCAGAAAAAGAUUUUACUACCGAAGAGAAAGAAGCAAUCAAAGAACUUCUACAACAGAGCUCUGUAAAUAGAAUUUACAAUGGUAUACUAACUGCAUUUGGUUUUUUUGGAAUGAGAUGGAUGAUAAAUCAAAUUGAUCCAAUAACAAAAACCAAAAAAAAAACUCAAGAAAAGGCUAGAGAACAAUUGGCAAAAUUGGGAAUUACUGCAUCAAUAGAUACCAACCAAUUAACUGAAUAUGAAAUGUUGAUUGCAGCUAAUCUUAUUGACCCUAAAGAUAUACCAGUAUCAUGGAAUAAUAUUGCUGGGCUUGAUACAAUAAUUCAAGAGCUCAAAGAAACUGUAAUACUCCCAAUUAGACGAAAAAAAUUAUUUGAAGAUUCAAAAUUAACACAAGCUCCUAAGGGUGUACUUUUACAUGGACCACCUGGAUGUGGAAAAACAAUGAUUGCUAAAGCAACGGCUCGCGAAAGUGGCACUUGCUUUAUUAAUUUAGAUGUGGGCAUGCUUACUGAUAAAUGGUAUGGAGAAAGUCAAAAAUUAACGAACGCUGUAUUUUCUCUAGCUGUAAAAUUACAACCAUGUAUAAUAUUUAUUGACGAAAUUGAUUCAUUUUUAAGAGUACGCAGCUCUCAAGAUCAUGAAGCAACUGCUAUGAUGAAAGCACAGUUUAUGUCACUGUGGGAUGGUUUAAUCACUGAUCCUUCCUGUACAGUAAUUAUUAUGGGAGCAACUAACAGACCAAAAGAUUUAGAUCGCGCUAUUCUCAGGCGACUACCUGCGACAUUUCACGUCGGCCUACCAACUGUAGAACAACGCACAGAAAUUCUGAAUCUUAUUUUGAAAACUGAGCCUAUUGAUACAGACGUUGAUAUCGAUAAAUUAUCUAAAUUAACAGAAGGUUUCUCUGGAUCUGAUUUACAUGAAAUGUGCCGUACAGCAUCAUUGUAUCGUGUUCGUGAUUAUUCACGAGAACACCCAAACUCAUUUCAUGAUAUGUUAGAAAAUGCCAACAGUGAUGAAAUUUUGGCCAACACAAGUAGUAGUAAUGAUGAAGAAUAUCAUGAUACUUUGCGGCCGAUAGUCCACGAUGAUUUAAUGACUGCGUUUGAAAAGAUGAGAAUAUCCAAAGUAAAAACAGGCAGUUUAAACAAUAUGUCUAGAUUCGAUUUAGAUUAA